AUGACAUCAACUCCCAGUAAUAAUAGUAAUAAUUAUCAGUCUUGGUGUUAUCCGAUCACAGCUAACGUGGGACCUAACGUUGACAGCGACUGGAUAAGACACCCUGGCCCCGUGUCUCGUCCGCCACCGUUGAUACCACUGAGACCUGCUGACUCUGGUUCUCAAAUUGGCGCUGGUGACCAGCGAAAUAGAUCGGUUGCUUUUCGUAUCGAUUAUGUUCCCGACCAGACCAACAACUCGAAUUUCCAAAAAAAAUCGUUCUUAGGCUCCACAUCAGCUCCAUCCGUUAUAUCUGACUCAUCCCCUACGUAUGAAGAAUUGAAAACGACUUCAAGUUGUUCGCAAACUUUCCAACAACCAGUGGAUUACAGCUAUAACCAAGAUGAUCCUAGUCAGUUUCAAUCCACUGUUUUUCGGCCCAUUGCUGUGCACGCAUGUAGUUAUUCUUCACUACCUAGCUACAUACCGCCACCUCUGUAUGAGCCUCCAAAUGUUUUUCAACCGGUGUAUAAUGGAAACCAGUCUCAAUCAAGAGUAACAGAAAAUCCAUGCAUGGCACAUAUUAGACCCACCACAUUUGUAGGAAAAACUGUCACUCCAGUUUCUCAAUUAUCUGGAACAAUUGGCAGCAAUUCUAUAUCACCCAUUGAUCUGUCUCCAUCGGCUUGCAAGCUUGAUAACAACAGUACACCAUCACCAAGUAAUAUAACGUCUAGAGAUAAACGAAAAAGAGCCACUUUUUCCAACAUUCAGUUGGACAGACUAAAUGCCAGGUAUCAAGAGAAAAAGUAUCUGAAGACUAGUGAUAGGAAAGUCCUUGCCACUCAGUUGGAUUUGACAGAGAAGCAAGUAAAAAACUGGUUUCAAAAUCGGAGGAUGAAGGACAAAACUUUCAAGAAGAACAUAAAGGCAGAUGAUGGUGAUGAGAAAAAAGAUGAAAAAUCACUGAAUCAACUUGAAGUAGAAGAGUCAGUUAAAUUGAAGAAGGCUGAUGAAAAAGAGCAAAAUGAUGAAUGUGUUUGA